AUGGACGAUGUUCAAGCGAAAGUUUGCGCACAACGUAGAUGAUAAGAAAAAUUGGUAUGCAUACAAAUUGAUACAAUAAGUCGCUUCUUAGUAAAACAUUCAAGUGUUUUCCAUCAGAGAUUAAACGGGUCAAACUUGAAGACUUGCGAGACGACGAAGGUCGCCAAGUAUCGCAUCGCCGUUUCUUUGCCGGGGUGACUGAAUACGUUAUAACUGGCACAACAGAUGUUAUGUUCUCGACGCUUGGGGCAAGUAAGGCAUUCGAAUUAGUGCUAUCAGAGCAAAGUCGGCUGCUGCUAUUAUCAUGGUUAUAAUUCAACAAACCUUAUUUCUGCGCGAAUUGUACUGAUUAUAUAUAUAUAUCAAUAGACCGCAAACGGCAAACAGUGCACGAAAUCUUUUUGUUUUAAAAUCGGUAGGCAAACGCCAAAGCUAGCGCAAAUUUGUGUUUAUAUUAUAAAGACUAAUUUAGUGGAGACUCUUGUGUUCAGAAAGAUGCAGUAUCUUUUGCUGACAGGUUAAGAAGAUGUAGUCAUCUUUGCUAUAAUCAGUUGAACCUAAAUUUUUAUAAUAUAGUAACACAUCUAAUUAUGCAUGAAUCAUUUUAUAUGAUAUUGCGGUUGCAGCUGAUACGGUAGCUAUAUAGGUCUGUCAUAGUUAUAAUUCAACAAGCCGUAUAUAUUUCUGCGCGAAUUGUACUGACUAGAACUGGCCAGCCAAAUAGAAUGGCUAUAUGUAUUAUCAAGACUAGAGACCGCAAACAGUACACGAAAUCUUUUUGUUUUAAAAUCAGUGUGCAAACGCCUAAGCUAGCGCAAAUUUGUGUUUAUAUUAUCCAGAAUAAUUUAAUGGAGACUCUUGUGUUCAGAAAGAUGCAGUCAUCUUUUGCUGCCAGGUUAAGAAGAUAUGCAGUCAUCUUUCCUUAAUCAGUUGAACCUAAAUUUUUAUAAUAUAAUAACCCAUGCAUCCUAUUAUGCAUGAAUCAUUUUAUAUGAUAUUGUGGUUGCAGCCGAUACGGUAGCUAUUAUAGGCAUGUAUUAUCAUAGUUAUAAUUCAACAAGCCUUAUUUAUAGUUAUAAUUCAACAAGCGCGAACUGUACUGACUAGAACUGGCCAGCCAAAUAUAGAAUAUAUAUAGCUAUAUGAAGAGACCGCAAACAGUACACGAAAUCUUUUUGCUUUAAAAUCAGUGUGCAAACGCCAAAGCUAGCGCAAAUUUGUGUUUAUAUUAUAAAGACCAAUUUAGCGAAGACUCUUGUGUUCAGAAAGAUGCAGUCAUCUUUUGCUGACAGGUUAAGAAGAUGUAGUCAUCUUUGCUUAAUGAGUUGAACCUAAAUUUUUAUAAUGAAAACACAUCCUAUUAUGCAUGAAUCAUUGUGUAUGAUAUUGCGGCUGCAGCUACUGUACAAUAGGCUAUAUACAAUAGGUCCGUAUUAUCAUGGUUAUAAUUUAACAAACCUUAUUUCUGCGCGAACUGUACUGAUUAGAAUCGACCAGCCAAAUAGUGAAAUAUAAUGUAUAUAUCAAGACUAAGAGACCGCAAAUAAUACACGAAAUAUUUUUGUUUUUAAAUCAAUGUGUAUGCAAACGCCAAAGCUAUAGCGCAAAUUUGUGUUUAUAUUAUAAAGACUAAUUUAGUGGAGACUCUUGUGUUCAGAAAGGUGCAGUCAUCUUUUGCUGACAGGUUAAGAAGAUGUAGUCAUCUUUGCUUAAUCAGUUGAACCUAAAUUUUUAUAAUGAAAACACAUUCUGUAUGUCAUGUGUUCUAUGGAAUUGGUAUAUAUGCAAAUAUUCAUAACUCAAUAAGCCUUUCCGCGCGAGUUGCAACUACAUGUCAAGGCUAUUCUCAUUUAGAAUCUAACCAAAUAAAACCUAUAUAGGAUAUAAUUGAAUACCCUCACGAGAAUAUUUUUGUUUUUAAAUCACUGUGUAUGCAAACGCCAAAGGUAGCGCAAAAUUGUGUUUAUAUUAUAAAGACUAAUUUAGUGGAGAAUCUUGUGUUCAGAAAGAUGCAGUCAUCUUUUGCUGACAGGUUAAGAAGAUGUAGUCAUCUUUGCUUAAUCAGUUGAACCUAAACUUUUAUAAUAUAGUAAAACACAUCUUAUAUGCAUGAAUCGUUGUAUAUGAUAUUGCGGUUGCAGCUGAUACGGUAACUAUAUAGGUCUGUAUUAUCAUAGUUAUAAUUCAACAAGCCUUAUUUCUGCGCGAAUUGUACUGACUAGAACUGGCCAGCUAAAUAUAGAAUGGCUAUAUCAAGACUAGAGACCGCAAACAGUACGCGAAAUCUUUUUGUUUUAAAAUCAGUUUGCAAACGCCAAAGCUAUCGCAAAUUUGUGUUUAUAUUAUAAAGACCAAUUUAGAGGAGACUCUUGUGUUCAGAAAGAUGCAGUCAUCUUUUGCUGACAGGUUAAGAAGAUGCAUCUUUGCUAAUGAAAACACAUUCUGUAUGUCAUGUGUUCUAUGGAAUUGGUAUAUAUGCAAAUAUUCAAAACUCACUAAUAAGCCUUUCUGCGCGAGUUGCAACUACAUGUCAAGGCUCUUCUCAUUUAGAAUCUAACCAAAUAAAACCUAUAUAGGAUAUAAUUGAAUACCCUCACGAGUACAGGCUUCUGUAAGCAAGUUCCAACCGUCAAUAUCGCAUGUUCACCUGCUCUAUAUCAUAAUAAAAUGUUUGUAGCCUAUUGCAUUUCACGGGAUUUCACAAGACUAGUAACUUAUUUCUAAAUAUUGAACUAAACGGCACAUGCUAAUUUUCAUAUACCCACUGUGAACAGAACCAGAUUGAUGACUGUUUUGCCUAUUAAUUUUAUUGGGAUUAGGCAUAAUUGCAUCCGGCGAAGUGCACAAAUUUUGUGCAGCAGUUGACAAAUUUGUAAAUUGACACCUUUUUUCGGCCGGGUAAAGGGCAAUAAAUUUGUGGGAAAAAAUUCUGAACCCGGUUGACAUUGUGAAUAGCACUUCAUUUUAUUUGUUUAUUUAUGAACUACAUGUUUGUAAAUAAAAUACAUUAUUUUGAGUUUGGGAAAAUUACCACAGAUUUUUAUCAUUUUUAUCACAUAUACUUUUACCGUUUUGCGCCUUAUGAAAGUUAGCCUGCGGUGCAGACGCUUCGUAUUUCAUGAUGAUCAUGAUUUCAACCGUUUUAUCAUGAAAUAUGAAGCGUCUGCACCGCAGGCUAUGUGGAAGUAAGCUAAGAAUUAAAAUGCCACCUCGCCUUGGGGAAGAGCGGCGUUUUAAAAAAACACUGACAAUCGCUUUUCACACUUUUCAAAGGCGCUGUGCAGUGGGUUAAAUAAGACGUUGGGUGGCUUGAAGAUUUGCCGUGAAAAGGUUGUUCGCAAUAUUAACUGCCACUGGUGCAUAUAAAUUUCAAAAUAAUGUCGGUUGGUCAUUCGCUAGAUAGCAGAAUGAUAAUGGGAAUGAAUAUAGACUCACGGGAUGAGAGUAACAUUAACAACUUUGUGGCCUUCGUUCUCAACUGCUCUAAAGAAAAGAUUAGAGAGAAACGACUGAAAAUAGUCUCUCUUAUAACUAGAAAAUACAUGCAUGCAGAAACCCUGGCCUUGCUGACAAAACCGUUGUAUUUUCCGAACAUGAAGUAUCUAAAGUAGUUGUCAUGGUAACACGAUAAUUUUUUAAGAAUAUUCUUACAAAUGAAAAUCGCCUAAAAAUAUCACUUUUAAUUACAAAAUUAUCAAUUUCCCAACAUAUAUAUGUUAGGUAUGUAAUUAUACGUAAUACAAGCUUCAAUUUAAGGUAAAAUUCAACCACAAACAAUUCACAAAACGUUUUAAAGUGUUCUUUAAUAUAAAACUAAACUGCCUUUAACUAUUAAAUGGCUUUAUCGAUAAACUUUGAGUUUGCAAUAAAAUGAUUUCAAAUUCUCGUUUGCAAAUAACUUUGCUUUAUUUUUAUUUAAAAAGUUCAAUAUAAUAAAAAAGGGAAUCAAUAUUAAAGAUACACUGAAAUUAUAUGCUGUCUUGUUUAGUUGUUUCAUAUCAAUAUACGCAAAGGCCGUCGGGUUUUAAAGCCAUUAUAAAAUCAAUAUUUAAAACAAACUUACCUUCGUUAACGUCGGCUCCCUUCUUUUAGCCGAUUCUUUCGCCCUUUCUUUAUGAGAAAACUCUUGAAAUUUGCAAAAUCUUGCAAAAAUGCGAGUAAAAAAUUCAUCAAUCAUCAAAUCAAGAAAUGUUUGCUAUUUCGCUGUCGUCAUGCAGUCGUUAUAAUGCAAACUUUAAAUUGGACCAAUCAGUGUCCGCCAUUCAUGACAGUCCGCCAUAUUUUUUAGAUCAUUGAUGAUGACCACCCAUCGUUGAUGACCGACGCCCGCGCUCAUUGAUGAACCGCUUUAGACUUCCCUAAUGCUUUCGUUUCCCCGGGUGUAAAUAACCGGGGGGAAUUAGUACCCUCGCACGGCGCUUUGCGCCGCCGGCUCGGGGACAAUGAGAAUAUGUGUUUAUUCGUGGUUUUUUGGAGAACGAGGCAUACACAUGCAUUGAUAUAUUAAGUAUUUAGAAUGUAUAAUAUACAUGAGGUAAUAACAAUGAAAAUAUAUGUUCAUUCCUUUUUCGCCCUGGAGAACGAAGCAUACACAUUCAUAAAUGAAGAUGUCAGUAAGCAUAUAUGAGCUAUUGUAAUAACAAAACACUAUGAUAAAAGAAAAUGUAAACGCGUAUGUGCAGUAAUAAGAAUGAAAAUAACUGUUUAUUAUAUUAAUAAAUGCUUGCCGAAGUUCAUAUAGAGACGCAUAAUGCGUCUCUAGUAUGAAAAGGAGCAAUGGAACUGUCGCCUUUAAAUGACAGAUACUGCGUUGUAACUUAAAAUCCCGCUUUAGUGAACUUUAAUAUUUAAAUGAAAAGGGGCAAUGGAACUGUCGCCUUUAUUAAGAUGACAGAUACUCGGCGUCGUAACUUAAAAUCCCGCUUGAGUGAACUUUAAUAUUUAAAUGUAUAAUGCAUGCGGCGAGGCAAACCGCACUAGACAUAAACAAAUCAGAACUAUAUAGCAAUGAAAAUUUGUGGUUUUUGGAGAACGAGGGAUACACAUGCAUUCAUAUAUUAAGAAUUUAUGUCACGCCUUCCUUCAGUUAAUAGACUACGGAUAUCCAAUUAGCGUUGCAUUAACCAAGCUAUGUUUACUGGCAAGCAAUAAAUGGACAAUGUCUUUAUGGGUAAAUUUUGGCUAUGAACAAUUCAUAGCCGCUUUAUUGAAAAUGAUUAUAUAAAAAUCAAUAAUAACAUAUUUUAAUUAUCAGAAUAAUACUAGAGUUCAUUUUGAUUUAUAUAUUGAUGUUCAAUUGCCAGUAAAGGUGGCAGGACUACACGCCAAAGACUUUGCAAUUCAUUUCCCAGUACGCAAAAGGAGGAAAUGAAUAUAAAAGUCUCCCCACCCGAGGGAAAUGCAACGCCAAGGACUAUAAUAAUGCAUCCCACUGGAAAGUCAGUGUAUCAUAUACAAAUAAUAUUGGAUACACAAUAACAUUUGAUUUAGAAAAGACAGACGCCCCUGCGCACCGUCGAAAUUGAAAACAUCGUUCAGGAUGACUGUUCCAUAAAUGUUGAAACGAUCGCCCUUGCUAGCGCUGCUUAGGUAUAAAGUGUUUGUUGGUGACACAUUCAAUUGUUUGAAGACAGUGGCCCCUGCUCACCGUGCAAUAUCAUUUACAAUUGGAUAGCAUAGUAACAGUUGCCUCUGCUAACUGCCAAGUUAAAUAUAUAUGUAAGUUAUAAUGUGUAUUUUGGCAGAAAUGGUGUUAUCCGCCCCUGCUGAAUAACACCAUAAGCCAUAAUUGUAACCCUCCUCUAGACAUCACCCCGCAAUGCUGUUUAAAAGAGGGUGUUAAAAUAAUACAGGUUAUGUUGUAGUAAGCGUUUGAACGCGGAUGAAAUGCAUUCGAUUUCCAACGACCCAGAAUGCGUAUCUGCGCAUCAGACACCCCAUGUUCUGCCGCAAAUGAUGCUGCACCAAUUCUGAAACUAUGAGACUUGUAAACGGAAGGAUUGAGAUUGCAAAAUUUUAGACAGUCAUUCAGCUGUUUAGCAAACAUGUUUCUCGACACUGCCGCCCCCGCAUGAGUAAUGAAAAUAGGUCCAGAGGAAUUGCCACGACAGGCUAAAUAGCGACAUAACAGUUUUACUGGGCAGGGGCUAUGACUUGGUUGACGAUAAAUGACCAUGGAAAACGGUCGCUGAUUGUAAUUGUGUUUAUAGUCGGUAAAGGUUAAUUUAAAACCAAUUACUUCACCGUCUCUUAAGAGUUUGGUGAGCUGGUUCAAACAAAGAGGAAUAGGAGACUGCUUUGAUGUCGAUGUUAUCUCGCCAAUACGUAGAAAGGCAAAAAAUGCAAGACCACACAUCGCCUGAAAGCGGCAUUGGUCGUAUGAAGUGCCAAUACAGUGUGGAGCAGCCAUUAGUAAUCGGGUUAAAAUUGGGAGAGUGAUAGGUAACCGACUAUCUAAGCGAAAGCCAAGUUUUCCAUAGCCUUUUAACAUUUGUAUAAUAUAAAAUACCUUAGUAGGGUCAACCAAGUGCAAUAGUUUGUGUGAAUAACCAAUCGCUGAAACAUAGGUGUUGACAGUUGCGGGGGCGUAAUCCCGAUCAAACAUGUAAGCUAUGAAAAACGCUAAAAUGUGAGGUGAUAUAGGCAAUAUGUAGGAAGAUGUACCAAAAACAUGAAUAUGGAAUUGGUCGAAAACUCUCCACGCUUGCCUAUAUGUAGCGAUAGAGGAUUGCCGCAGGCUUGACUGGGUUAGGAGGGAAAUAAUAUCCCCCAAUUUUGUGGCAGCAGAACUGUAGGGAUGCCCGUUGCGCAGACAUUCAUCGAGGCUGGUGCCUCGCGCUUGAAGGUUUGAACCUGUAAUGGCUGAAUGGGCAGAAUGUAACGCUUGCUCGACGACAGCAGAACCAGACAGUCGUGGAACCGUUGAAGUUGAGGUAGUAGUGACCACUGGAGCUUCAAUAACCUCACCGGGUAGCUCUGGUUGCGAGAGUGGUGUUAGGCGUCGAGUUACUUCAGCUGUUACGGUUGACACUAUUUGCUCAAGUAGCGCAAGCGAAAUGGCUGAACUUGGUCCCGUUGAUGUUGUGGCAAAAUUGACUGGAGCCACUGCGGGAAGUGUGGAUGUCGAGGCAGCACUACUGGGGCUGUUGGUGGCGAGCGCUGUAGCUGACACUGACGAACGACUCCUACGAGGGCGGCGAGAAGGCGGUUGA